AUGGGUGUCAAAGGACUAUGGCCGAUUCUCCAUGAUUGCGCCCGUCCCACACCUCUUCCGACUCUGAAUAGGAAACGUUUGGCCGUGGACGCGUCAAUAUGGAUCUAUCAAUUUCUCAAAGCAGUCCGCGACAAGGAGGGCAAUGCACUGCACAACUCGCACAUUGUAGGAUUCUUUCGACGGAUAUGUAAACUUCUGUUCUUUGGUAUAAAACCAGUUUUCGUAUUCGAUGGCGCCGCGCCCGCCUUGAAGAAGCAGACGAUUUUGAAGCGGAAACAGAGGAGGGAAGGUCGAAGAGACGAUGCGACACGAACGGCCGCGAAGUUGUUGACGGUGCACAUGCAGAGAAGAGGCGAGGAAGAAGCAGAGAAGAGAAAGAAAGCCAAGCAGCGCGAACGAGAAGGAUUGCAGCCAGUUGCGGACGAUGAGGAGGGUUUGAAGGAGGGCGAGGAGAUUGUCUAUGCGGAUGAGAUGGGCAUGAGCGCUCAACAACGGACACAAAACCGAAAGUUCAAGAAAACGGACGCAUACCAUCUCCCCGAACUUGAUGGCGGCAUUGAAGGGAUGCGACAGGCGAAUGACCCUAGGGUCAUGAGCUUGGAGGAGUUGGAGGAAUACGCUCAACAGUUUCACAACGGCGAAGAUGUCAAUUUGUACGAUUUUAGUAAGAUCGACUUUAAGGGCGACUUCUUCAACAGUUUACCACCGGUUGAUCGGUAUAAUAUCCUUAACGCAGCUCGGUUAAGGAGCAGAAUGAGAAUGGGAAUAGGCAAGGAGCAGCUCGAAGAAAUGUUUCCCGAUCGAAUGGAAUUUAGCAGAUUUCAAAUCCAGAGAGUUGCGCAGCGUAAUGAGCUUACACAAAGGCUCAUGAACUUGAACGGGAUGAACGAAGGAGAUUCGUUAUAUGGAGUAGGCACCCAGCGUAUCGCAGGAGAAAAGGACCGCGAGUACGUGUUGGUUAAAAAUGAGGGCGUAGAGGGCGGGUAUGCUUUAGGUGUUGUUAGCCUCGACAAGUCUGUAGGAGAGCGAAACAAGCCCAUCGAUGUGGACGCCCUAGACCAACAAAAGCACGAAGCUCAAGAAAUAGAGUCUGAGGACGAAUUCGAAGAUGUCCCAGUCGAAGGUUUGAAUCGCUUACCGAAAUUGAGACAGAAUAUUGACUACGCUGAAUUUGAUGCCCAAAACCCAUCAGAGGCGGUAGAUAGUCUGUUCGUAGACGAAGCUGGUUCAUCUGCGGACGCUAGUAAUCUUUUCAAUGAGGAUGAGGAUAUGAGUCGGGCGAUUGCCCUUUCGCUGCAGCAGGAGCCUGCCGAUGAAGAACUUUCUGAGACCGAGCAUCUCAAUCGCGCCAUUGCUCUGUCACUUCAAAACAACCAUGCGCACGAAACAGAUGCUGAAGAGGACGAAGAAUUCGAAGAUGUCCCGAUGCCAGAGUAUAAACAAGUUGCGGUGCAAGUUCAAAGGCCACUUGCUAGUUCUAGUAGAAGCAAAGUAGCUAACAUUAUCAAUAAUCGUGCAAAUGCUGCUGUUCCUAAAAGGAAAGCAGUGACUGCAGAUAGUGAUAGUGACAGCGAUAUGGAUCUCCAAGCCAGCCUUGCCAGGGCGAGGAGAAAGAAAGCUCCAGAACCGAGACCUUCGCACCCUCAGCCGGUUAGGGAGAACAAGCCGAACCUUUUCGAUGGUCCUCUUCCAUUUGAGAAGAUGGACUUUAGGAGUUCAAUAUUUAAGUCCAAGUCACAAGCUGCACCCAGAGACGACCCCCCCAACACAGAAGCAGCAAAAGAUGAUGAGGAAGAAGCUGGUGGGUUUGAAAAGGAGGCCGAGGAAGAAUCAAGACCUCUACCCCCCUGGCUCAUGGGUGCUGGUGAUAUCCGCUCCGAGGUGAAAGAGCAACAGAAACGGGGCCAGGAAAUUGAUGCUGAGGAUAAAGAAAGGGCGGAUAGGGAAGAGCGGGCAUAUCAAGCCAACUAUGCGCCAAUUCAGAUCGAUUCAUCGGACGAAGAUGAUGUAGAGAUUGUGGAUGCGCCAAGUCCAACCCACCAAGGUUCUAAAAUGGAGGAUCUGGUGAGGGAUACGACGGAUAAUGAGACAAGCCUACCUACAAGGAAUGUUCCUUUUUCCAAGUCAGUCACGCCCGAAAAGGUCGCGCGAGCGGCUUCCUAUGUAUCUGCUCAGGUAGGAGAUGAUGAUGAACCAGUUGAGUGGUCGGAAAGCGAUCACGAAACCACUGUUGCGAAGCCCAAAGACGUUGAACCGACAGCCGAUGUGACUAUGUCAAAGUCUCCGUCGCCAGUAUUCGAGGAUGUGGAAAUGUUGGAUUUGCAGGAUUCCACCAGUGCUUCCGCAGCACCCAAAAAUACUGGCGUUCAGUUCGAAGAUGCCGGUACUAUUUUAUCACCGCAGCCAGCUGUUACCGACCUUCCUCUUCUGUCUGGUAAUAAUGGAGAAGACAUCGUCGGUAUAGACAACUCGGACUCGUUUGAUGAGUUCUCGGAUCCAGACGACGAAGAGCUUUUAGCACAACUUGCAAUGGAAGCAGAAACCCAUGAUGAAUUUGCCAAAACUUUAAAUUUCAAGACUCCAGCUGAAUCACAGGCUGCUUAUGAGAAGGAACUCAAGGCUUUGCGAAACCAACAGAAAAAAGAUCGCCGUGAUGCUGACGAUGUUACCUCAGCAAUGAACCAGGAGUGUCAAAUUUUGCUCAAGAAGUUUGGAAUUCCAUACAUUAUUGCGCCUGGGGAGGCGGAAGCUCAAUGUGCAGAGCUCGUACGUCAAGGGCUCGUGGAUGGAGCUAUCACAGAUGAUUGUGAUAUUUUCCUGUUCGGGGGCACGCGUGUCUACAAGAAUUUGUUUAAUAGCAACAAAGACGUCGAGUGCUACCUGCAAAAAGACAUCGAGCAGGAAUUGAGUCUUGGCCGCGACCAAAUGAUCUCCCUUGCGCAGUUAUUAGGAAGUGACUAUGCGGAAGGUCUUCACGGCGUUGGAUCUGUCACAGCCAUCGAGCUCCUUUCUGAAUUCUCUUCGCCUACUGGCCUUCAAGAUUUCAAACAUUGGUGGACAUCAGUACAAGGCCCCCACCCACCACCUCUAUCCGAAGAAACCUCAACCUUUCGCAAGAAGUUCCGCCGCGCACAAGCGAGCAAAUUGUUCCUACCAGCCGGCUUUCCAAGUCCGGCUGUCGCAGAGGCAUACUACAAGCCACAUGUAGAUUCCAGCAAGGAAGAGUUCAGAUGGGGUGUACCUGAUCUCGAGGGACUGCGAGGGUUCUUGAUGCAGACGAUUGGUUGGUCUCAGGAGCGAACUGAUGAAGUUCUGGUUCCAGUGAUUAGGGAUAUGAAUCGUCGUGAGCUCGAAGGUACCCAGAGUAACAUUACCCGUUACUUUGAUGGCACGGUCGGUGCUGGUGCGAAAACCGCAGCACAGGAAGCGCGCGAGGGUGGAAGUAAGAGGAUGAAAGAAGCGGUCAAUAGACUUAGGGGGAAGAAGAAGUCGGGGCUUACGGUCGAGGAGAUGGGUACGUUUGCUGAUGUAGGGAGGGAGUGGGCGUUGAAGAAUCCUGCUGGGAAGGAUUAUGGUAAAGUGAAAAAGGGGAAGAGGAGGGGGAAGAAAGGUGCUGUGUCGGAGGAAGGGGAGGGGAAUGAGGGUGAUGAUGAUAAUGCUGAAGGAGCGGCGGAUGGUGAUGGAGAAGAUGAGGCGGAUGAUGAGAGUGGAACGCUGGAUGAGGAUGAGUAUAGGGAGUCUGAGUCUGGGAAGAGGAAACAGAAACCCAAGAUUCCGGCGAGACAGCCAAAGAGGAAGAAGGCUAAGACUUAG